UUUUUACGUUUAUUAUAAGGCUUCAUUUUGACGAGGAACGCAGGCAAAUAUUUUGUUUACUGUUCCUCGCACGUUAUUGUUAGGGUUAUUGGAUUUUAGCGGUUACUUAUCGAUGCGAGCGAAGAACAGAAUGCUUCGUUCCAUGCUAUAACGGAAGCAAUCUCAUUCUAUCGUGCUUCGACACAUUAUUCUUGUUCCUUCGCUUGCAGAAUGAAUCGUCAGAUACGUUAUUGUUCGAGGAUACAACGAUAUCGAUGGUUGCAUUCUUAUUCUCAAUAUUCGGUAUACACCGUACGCGCUAUUACAUAAGAAAAGACCAUCGAGAAAAUUUUAUUUUAACGGAUAUUUUGCCCCUGCUCACAUUGCUCAAUCAUGAAAGCUAAAAAUUAUUCAGCGACAUGCAAACUAUCGCAACUGCUCUUUUUAAAUAGAAUAACGUUGCCAAAAAGAUGACAGCUGAUUCAGAAAAAGAUAGUACUCAUUGCUUGAUAUGUAACAGUAAAGUUGGUGUAUCUACUAGGAAUAGUAUACGAAUCUUUAAUGAAAAUUCUGUAACGUCGUCAGAAAAAUCACUUGUAGAUGCCAUUUGUACUGUCUUAGAAACAGAUUUAAACGAAGAAAAUGUACAUUCUCUUGUCAUAUGUAAAAAAUGCUAUAAAUUAUUUAAUGAGAUUGACGAACUUGAAAGUCGACUGACAGAGGUAAAAUUAGAACUAUUUAAUAACUAUAAGAAAACUAUUAAAAAGAUAUCUGAUAUGCAAAAUGAAGAAGAAUAUAAUGAUCAUGAUUACAUAGAAAAUACAGAAAGUCAGGAUACAGAUGGAGAAAUUAGAUAUGUACAAAAGGAUGAAUCAGAAAUUCAAGAGGUAGAAGGGGAAGAAGAAAGAAUAGAGGAAGAAGAAGAGGCACCUUCCUGUGAACCAGAGGAAAUUAUUCUGAAAGUUGAGGCCAUAUCAGAAACAAGUGGUACUGAAGAAAGAAAGAGGAUGAAACGAGCAAAAAUUACACCAAAAGUUGAAUCUCCCCAAGAGCAAAUUGUUACUAGAGAUGGUUCUAUAUAUAGCUGUUUAUUAUGUACAAAUGAAGACGAAAAAGCUGUAGGAGAUGCAAAGUUUAUUAUCGCUCAUGUAAGGAGUGUGCACGAAACUCGUUUAUAUAUUUGCGACAUAUGCGGGGAUGACUUUAAAAAGAGAAAUCAACUAUCUAUUCAUCUUGAUGAUCAUGUUGCUAAAGAGGAAGGAGAUUUUCAGUGUGAAAUAUGUAAUAGAAUAUUUAGUAAUUUGCGGUUGUUUAGGAUUCAUAAAAGAAUACAUUAUCCACAAGCGAAAUCUUGGCCAUGUGAUACUUGUGGUAAACGAUACAGUUCCAGAAAUUUAUUGGAUGAACAUAUUAAUACACAUACAGGCGUACGUCCAUAUGUAUGUGAAAAUUGUGGUAAAGAUUUUGCUUCAAAAUAUACUUAUAAAGCACACGUAAAAACACAUGAAAUACGACCUCGUCCUUACCAGUGCUCACAAUGUAACAAAACAUUUUUGAGCCAACAAAAUCUUAAUCAACAUGAAAGAACUCAUAAUGGUGUAAAGGAGUAUGUUUGCCACCAGUGCGGGAAAGCCUUUGGUUCGCCACAUAAUUUAGAAGUACACAAUAUAGUACAUACUGGUUACAAACCGUACAUAUGUAGAGUAUGUGGUAAAGCAUUUGCCCGUAAAGCUGAAAUAAGGGAUCAUGAAAGGACACAUACUGGAGAGAAGCCAUAUCAGUGUGAAUUUUGUGGAGCUACAUUUAGUCAACGAUCAAAUUUACAAUCGCACAAGCGUGCAACGCAUUAUAAUGAUAAACGGUACAAAUGUGACGAUUGUGGAAAAGGAUUUAAACGGCGGAGAUUAUUAGACUAUCAUAUAAAAGCAGCUCAUACCGGUGAAAGACCGUACAAAUGCGAUAUAUGUACAGCAACAUUUGUAUAUCCCGAACAUUUCAAAAAACAUAUGCGUAUACAUACUGGAGAGAAACCUUACCUUUGCGAGGUUUGUGGUAAAGCAUUUAAUAGUCGAGAUAAUAGAAAUGCGCAUCGGUUUAUACACAGUGAUAAAAAGCCGUAUGAAUGUCUAGUAUGUGGUAUGGGUUUUAUGAGAAAACCUUUGUUGUAUGCUCAUAUGCAAACUCAGGGACACUUAAAUGAUACCAUUGUGGUAAAUCAACCGCGUCUCACUACGGAAGAUGAUCAAGUUAUAACAAUUUCUGAUGGCAACGUGGAACUUUUAGUAGAUGAAGCGGAAAAUGACCAGUUGGAUGAAACUGAACUGUAUGUGACAGAGUUAAAAGAUCAUGUUAUCAUACAGCAGCAAAGUGAGGAUCAAAUGUAUAACGAAGAAGAUGUAUUAAAUAUUCCAGCAGAGGAAAAUGUUGCGGACGAGGAAGUAAAUCAUCUUGUUGAUGGAGAAAUGAACUUUGCUGAAAAUGAAGUAAUGGAAUGUAAAACUGAAGAUUCGGAGCAAGUAGAAGAGGUAUACAACUAUAAUGAAACGGAAGAUGGGGAAACAAUAGUUGUACCAACUACCUCAGAGUACAAAGAAGCGGAAGAAGAGAAAAAUGCUGUACGAUUAGUACAAAUUCGAUUUCCAACAUCGGUUGGUGGCGAAGGCCGAAGUUGGUUAAGCUUAGUACAAAACACGUGAAUUUUUGUAUCAUUGUGAUGUACUAUAGCUUCUUAAUAAGGAGUUCGCUUCUUAAUAAAUCUUUAAGUUUAAGUACGUGUAUUAUUCAUCGAUUAAACUUGAAUUUUGUAUUUAGCUGUAAUCGAUGCAAAAGGCAAAGAACUUAAACUCAUUACACAAUAUAACGUUUAACGUUUUCAAUUUACUUUUAUGGAAAUGAAGGUAGAAGAAAUUGUUCAGAAAAUACGAAAAUGAUGUUUAAAAAUAGUAAUAUCAAACUAGAUAUUCUAUAUAGUUAUUUAUAACGCAAAUCAAUAUAAAUAGUAUCAUUUUAAUUGUAAUUUAUUUCUCUUAAGUCGCGUUUUAUGUUUAUGACUCUUAUCUUUUCGUAUCUUAUAAUGGUCACUGCGCAUAAGCAAUUUACUCAAGUUAAAUCAACGAAAAUUAGUGGUUAGUUUCAUACUAAAUUAGUAAAUAGUGCCUAUUAAUAGAUAUGUUUAUAUAUCUUCUAAUAACUUUCAUUGUAAUUCACUAAAUGUAUCGUAUUAAUUUUCUUGAUAUCAAUACUUUUUUACGCGUUUAACAUAAAUUGUAGUUCGUAACAAACAUGCUGGCUAUACUACCGAAAAGCAUCCGUAACCGAACGAGACGAAAUUUAGCUGAUAUCAUGGGAUGAGACAGUAGAUUUGAAAUAUAAGAUUUUAGCUUCAGGAUAUUAUAAGUUUGGAAGAUGCAGGUCUCUAUAUAUAAUAGAUCUUCACUGCUAUUAGAUACACGGUGCAUUGGACAAUUAGUACAUAUAACCACAUGGGUAUGAAUGAGGUACGUAUAUGUAUAUUACAUUCAAAAGCGUUUAAUGUCAACAAACUUCACGUCGAUAUUUUUUAAUGUGUCUUUAAUCUUCUUCGCUUAUUGAUGUUUCGGUUUUUAGGUUUAGGAUAAAGACGGCUAAGGAUAUCUCUAUGCGUGAAACAAAAACCAGUAAGAGAAUUAUGUAUGUAUACAUCGCUGUUUUGCUUUGAUUGUGGCACAAAUGAAAAAUUGUAAACUUUAAAAGAGGGCGUUUUAAAAUUUACAAAGAAAUCUUUGUAACCCAUUUCAAGGACAUUAUAAGGCUUGCUUAAUACGAGAUAUGCCACUAUUCGCGAAAGUAGUACAACCUUCCAUUUAUAGCGUUAUAAAACAGGUGAGGAUGGGCCAGUGUUGUUGCAAGACUAAGGCCUGGUUGAUAGCGAUAUACGUAAUGAUUUUGCCAUCUGACGCGAAGCUGGUAGUUAAAAAUAUAAAUAUACGGUUUAACAUGAUAAAAAUAGAAACAUAGGCUUUGUAUUAAUUUGUAAUUUUUUGAGAUGUGUCAUUAUCAAAGCAAAGCAGCGAUAUGUGAGUACAUAUAGUAUAUGAGGAGUGGCAUAAUCGGUUUAUGUUCUCGUCAUUGAGUGAAAGGCAAGAAGAAAGGGCUUGAUUUGUACGUAGAAAUGAUUCGGUCUAUUCGAAUAGUUUAUCCACGGUUGCAUAUCAUGCUACUGCCGUUAAUUUCGUGAAAAAUCUCGAACGGGGUAUCUUAAUAGUAUGUUUCGAACGUAUAACCUUUCAAAGGUAAAAUUUUCUAUUUCAAGCUUAAUUAUCUCGUCCCAAUGAUACUCAUCAAAUUUUGUUCUGCUCAGGAACCAUUCGGAAGAAUACUCAAGAACUUGCCUUAGCGGUAGAAUUAAACAAUUUAAGAUUUAAAUGCUUCAAAGUACCAUACAAAAUUUGAACGAAGAAUCGCCUUUCUGAACUUUUGAAAUCAAUAUAUUGCAUCGUUUCUAUGUGUAAUAUCUUGUAUGACAAACUGUAUAAGAAUAAUAUUUGUUAUAGACAUGACAUUAUACUAUGUAUUUAAUUUCUAUGUAUUAUUAGUUAUGUAACAUUCUUUACAAAUAUUAUUACAAAUAUGUACAAUUAAAUAAAAUUAUAAUGUUCUUA